AUGUCCACCAACUCGAAGCGCCGCCUCAUCCGCGACUUUAAGCGCCUCACGGCCGAGGCGCCUGAUGGAAUCUCGGGCAGCCCGUGUUCCGACAACAUCAUGGUCUGGAACGCUGUCAUCUUUGGGCCGCCUGAUACGCCAUUCGAGGACGGCUCGUUCCGCCUAACGCUCACAUUCACCGACUCGUACCCCAACAAGCCGCCAACCGUGCGGUUUGUGUCGCGCAUGUUCCACCCCAACAUCUACAACAACGGCGAGCUGUGUCUUGACAUUCUGCAGAAUCGAUGGUCGCCAACGUACGAUGUGGCCGCCAUCUUGACUAGCGUGCAGAGCCUGCUCAACGACCCAAACCCCAGCAGCCCAGCCAACGUCGAGGCCGCGACGCUGUUCAAGGACAACAAGCAGGAGUACGAGAGGCGCGUCAAGAUCACGGUUGAACAGUCGUGGGUGGACGACGAGGAGUUGCAGAACCAGGCCGAGCAAUCCGCACGCCCUGUCGCUCCUGCGCCUUAA